CUCUACUGUCUACCCUUUUCAGAUUAUUGUGUUGUCAGCAUGGACUCGGAUUUUAUAGAACGUUUGACAGGGGAUUUGACAGCGGAGGAAGAUGAGGUGAUCAUGGAUUUUAUAGAACGUUUGACAGAGGAUUUGACAGCGGAGGAAGAUGAGGUGAUCAUGGUUCGGUCGGAGCAUCGCGAGAAAACUCUAGAAGAGUGGUCCCUCAGUUUGCUAGGAAGGUUUCACACGACCGAACUCAUCAACUUUAGAGCUGCGGAAAACCAUCUACGCUCUGCAUGGAAGAUGGAGGGGAACGAUCUAACAAUUACAGAUGUUGGGGACGGACUGUUUCGGUUUAAAUUCUCGAUGGAAUGCCAAUUGAAGUGGGUUAUUAACAAUGGCCCUUGGAGUUUCGAUAAUCAUAUCCUAUUACUGCGAAGGUGGGAGAAAGGAAUGACGGUCUUUUCGGUUAACUUCCAAACUGUUCCGAUGUGGGUGCAAGUGUGGGGACUACCCUUCGAUCUGAUAAACAAGGAAGCAGGGAUAGAUAUUGGACAAAGAAUUGGAAGAGUCAUUGAGGUAGAUUGUAAAGCCAUUGCCUCUGGCGAGGCAAGGUUUCUCCGGGUCAGAGUUGACGUGCCCUUAGACAAGCCGAUACGCGGGGGAGCCCCAGUACUUAGUCCGGAAGGUGAUAAGGUUUGGGUGGCUUUCAAGUACGAACGGCUCUCUGGUCUGUGCUUCCAUUGUGGCCUCCUUAGUCAUGAGGCAAAAGCAUGCAAGUUCACGAAACUGAAGGUGUGGGAGGAGAGUCCUUAUGGCGAAUGGCUGCGAGCGACGGAGGAUGUCCCUCCACAGACCAGCGACUCUCUAGUACUGGCACAAUCUCACCGAGAUGGAAACCCCAACAACAACAACGAAGACCUGAUCACCUCAUUCUGCGAAAUCACCUCUUCCACCAGAGAAGAAGCGCUCUUCUUCUUAGAGAGCCACAACUUCCACCUCGACUCCGCCGUCUCCACUUUUCUCGACUCUCUAGUGGCACAAUCUCACCGAGAUGGAAACGGUCACGGCAUCGACGGUGUAGAAAUGGAACCCCUGCAGAAUUUUAAUUGGGAUCACGGACACUCGUAUCAUUCAAGGACAACAGUUCCGGAGAUUGUGGAGGUUGUUGAAUGCACGGAACUUAAGGGACCCGAUAUUAAUGAGGAGCAAUAUUGGGAAAGUAAUGACGGGAAAAAUCCCGAACUCAAUGCAAUUCCUGCCCUCCAAAAUUAUAUGCUUGGGAAAUCCUCCUCUGGGUCAGAGUUGAAAUGCCUUGAGCAGAAAUUGGAUUGUUUUGAUCCAAAACUAUUGCUAUCUCAAGGAUUAAGAAGACUUUGUGAUGCAUUUCGAUUGCUGCUAACAGAUCCCGAUGUUAAGAGACUAGUGGUUUCUCUAGCAUCUGAUAAAGCUGUUCGGGAUGUGAUUUUGAGGAACACGUCACUUCGAGAGUUUCAAUGGACACCCUACGCAGUCAAUUAUGUCAGGCCUCUAAUUUCUAAUGAAGAACCAGGCAGUGAAGAACCAGGCUUUUUUACACGUAUAUUGAUGUGGAUUUGGGAUAGAAUAAAAUCAAAAUUUGGGAAAUUUCUGUCUUUGGUGAACGAGCUAUUUCAACCUCCCAAGAGUAACAAUCCCACAGAAGGAAACAAGGAGAAGAUGGAGGAAAAAUAUAGUUUGGCUCUCUCUGUUGUGAUCUUCCUGAUUGUGGUUGUGGCUCGAGCCCUAACUGCUUGAAUCACCAUAGCAUAAGCAGAAGAAUGCAAGAAUAAACCACAUUAUUUGAUCAACAGUGGGGCACCAUUCGUUGAUGAGUACCUAUUAAAUUUCAGCAUUUUUCCCCCAGUAUUGUAUAUGUUGCAAAACGGCUAUGUUUCCAAAUAUUUGAACUCCUACAUUUGUUUCAUAAAUAAAAUCCUGAAGGUC